ACUCGUGCAUUCUAUGUUGUACUAAUAUUGAUCAAACAAAAAUAACAGAAACGCGUAUACAGUGAUUGUAACCAAUAAUUCGUUCGAAAACUAAUGGGACUUGUUUGUUUAAUUUAAAAUUGCAAAAAAUAUGUGUAUAACUUUCACUCAAUUUUGCUAAAUAUAGCUUCAAUAUAUAUAAGCUUUUUUACAAUAUGAAGAAUUCUACUGUCAAAUCUGAAUCAUCGAUUCUGCCGCCCCUACGAUCUGCCAAACAUCCAACUUUUAAUAAAAAAAUCGAUCCCGUUGAGGCAUUGCCCUACAUGAUUGAUAAACUAUCAAUUGAUGAUAGUGCAACACGGAGUAUUAAUAAAUUAAAUCGGGACUCUGCAGUUCGAAAAGAAAUCACGAAACAUGAUUCCAAAUUGACAACUUCUUUAUAUGAUAUCGAUGGAAUGUCAUCCGAGGAAUUGCAAGCGUCUCUGCACAGAAUUAUGGAAAAUCCACAAGAACCGUUUUCAUUUUUAGCACCUAUCUCUGAUAAAUUCACGGAUGAUAAACAAUUGUCGAUGAAGCCUACGGAAAUCGAUACGCAGUUGGCUGCUGUAGCAAAACGUAUUGAAUCGAGUAAAAUUUUAUUGGAGAAAGCUAAAUCUCACAUCGAAGACGUGUGUCUUCAAGCUAAACAAAAAGACAUUUGUCGAUUGUGGAAAGCACAGGAUGAUAACAUCGAUAUUCAUUAAUAAGUGACAAAUUAACAUUUCCAAUGAGAAAGCCAAAGAGAAACAGCCAGCUGUUUUAACAACACAGUUCAUCAAAAAUACGAAAUUUUGAAAUGAAAAUAUCAAAGAACCAACAUUUUAUUUAUAAUAUAUAUUACGACACAAAAUUUGAAUAUGUCAUUGGUUCAGAUAAAUAUAUAAUAAUCUCAAAUACCAAUUGUAAAAUAUAACAAAAUUUACACUAAAAGUGUUUAACAGUUGAUAUUUAUAUAUGUAUAUCUAACGUACGUAUCUGAAAUAUGAGUUCAUAAAAAUUAA